UGUCGCUGUGACCGUCGUAACAUUAUCACUAAACAAAACCAAAUAACAUAUUAAUGUUGAUGGUAGUGUUUUCGUUUUUACUUAAAUCUCAUAAAUUUCAUUGGUUAAGCUUGUACGCUUGUGUUCCACCGAUUCUUUUACUUCGAGCUUAGGAAGCUUUAUAAAUGUAAAUGUAAAAAACAAACCAAAGUCAGUAUUGUUAUGAUAAUGGAAUCCAAAAACUCCAGUAAGAAUGGUAGUGUAGAUGCAGAAAACCUAAAUUUGGAUUUAGAUAUGGGCGAUGAUAUGAAAUUAGACGAAGUAAAUUAUGAAAGUGACGUGUCUUCCAGUAGUUCAGACAGUUCUAGCGCUCCAAGUAUUAGUUCUGUUAGUAGCAAAUCAUCUGCACAAAGGCAUAUAUCAAAGCAUAAAAGAGGUCGUUCGAGAGACAAGAGUAGUUCUCCAAAUGUUAAACGGCCCCGACCCAAGGAUGUAAAGGGUAAAUCGUAUGAUUACAUGACAAAAUUGAAUUAUUUAUUUCGUGAUGCUCGCUUCUUUGUUAUUAAAUCAAACAACGCAGAAAACAUCACCUUAUCAAAGGCUAAAGGUGUAUGGUCAACACUUCCACAAAAUGAAGCAAAUUUGAAUAAAGCAUACCGAGAGUCUCGAAAUGUUUUGCUAAUUUUCUCAGUAAAAGAAAGUGGGAAAUUUGCAGGCUUCGCUAGACUACACAGUGAGUCUCGUCACGAUGUACCUGCAAUAUCUUGGGUUUUACCACCAGGGCUGUCAGCAAAGGCUUUAGGUGGAGUUUUUAAAGUAGAUUGGAUAUGUCGCAAAGAGUUGCCUUUUUCAAAUACAAUGCAUUUGUAUAAUCCAUGGAAUGAUGGGAAACCUGUUAAAAUCGGACGUGAUGGACAAGAAAUUGAACCCAGAGUAGCUCAAGAACUUUGUCGUUUAUUUCCAGAGGAUGAUGGUAUUGAAGUAACACCCAUUCUACGUUUAGCGAAAGAAGCAGCAAAAAAAAAUAGUUUGCGAGGACAUCGUCACCCAAAAACAAGAAUGCCGAUAGCUGCCAGGACUUCAUUCAGUUAUCGCACUCGUGGAUCAUCUUAUUCUAGAAGAAAAUAUUUUUUAUCUAGUCGUGGUCUAACGUCAAGUUCAUAUCGACGCUCAAUGUCACCAACAAGGAGUAGAGAUAGGUUUUCAUUGUUUUAUGAUCGAGAAUCGCCAAGACCUUAUACAGCAGCCGCAGCCGAAGCGUAUGUUGCAGAUUAUAUGCGAACUAUGCAGCAUCAGCUACCACCAUUACCAUAUGCGCCACCACCAGGACUUUAUUCCAAUUCUCCAUAUGACAGCUUACCACCACCAAGAUAUUAUGAUGGUCUACCAUUACCUGAUUAUACAUCAACAAGGAUAAACUCUUAUUCAGACAAACGAUCAUAUGAUAGAUCAGUAGAUGAAUUUUUAUGGAGGACUAGUGAUCGCUCUAGAGAUCGAGAACGAGAAAGUCGCCACCGUUAUAGAGACAGACGGUGAAUACUUAUUUAUUAUUAAAUACAGAAAAAUUCCUAAAUAUCACUUCAAUGUACUAGAUACUUAUUUAGUUUUUCUUUUUUGUUCCAACAGCGUACUUUUUUAAGUGAACAUAUGUGAAUACAUUUGUGAAUGAUUCUGUUAAAAUAAGGUGUAGAUUUACUUUUAGAAAGUAAUUUGUAUAUUAUUUAAUAAUGAUAUGGCCAAUGUUUCAA